AUGAGAGCUUUUCGUAAAUACUCUACUAAUUCCAAUUUGACACCAAAUUCUAAUGAGAAUUCUUGUCCUGAAAAUGCUAUUUAUAUUUCUAAUAAUGAAACUAGUGAUGAAACAUUAAGCGACGAAAAUAUUAGUACAAGCUCUAAUAGUGAUGAAGAACACACUAAUAAAAAAUUAAACCCCCAAACAAGAUCACGAAGAAAUGCCAGCUCUACUGGCAACUUUCAAUCAUAUUUAAAUGCUCAUGGAAUUACUAUUCCUACUCAAAUAAAUAGUAUAGCAGCUCAACCAACUAUUGAUGAGAUGUUUCAAAAUGCUGUUAAGCAAAAUCCUCAUCAAAAAGAAUCUAUUGAAUGUGCCUUGGUUGAAUGGAUAGUUACAAAUUCUCAGCCCUUUUAUGUCUUGCAAAAUGGAAGCUUUGUUAAACUAAUUCAUACAUUAAAUCCUUAUUAUGAAUUACCUUCCAAUAAACAAAUUAAAGCACAACUCAAAACAUGCAGUUUGACAUGUGACCUGUGGACUGCUCGUUCUAAAAAUGGUUAUUUAGGAAUUACAUGCCAUUUUAUUAAUUCAAAUUAUGAGCUAAAAGAAAUUAUACUUGCAGUUAAAUACGUCCCAUACCCUCAUGAUGCUAUAACUAUUAAAACUGAGUUAGAGAAUGUAAUCAAUGAUUGGAAUCUUUCUGAAAAAUUAAUUAAUUUUUUAACUACACCUAAACAAAAUGAACAACUACAAAAGUCACAAGAAAUGCUAAAAGUUUCUAAAGAAAAAAUUAGUCAUAAUGAAAAAAUGUAUUAUCGUGCAAUUUUUAAUCGACUUCUCCAACUUAAACGUACUAUUAUAUUAAUGGAAGCAACUAUGAGUGAUGAUUCUGAUUCCAAAGCUCAUAAAGAUGCUAAGAAAUUAAAGUCUAUUAUGAUAACUGAAGAUGAAUGGAUAGUUCUUGAAGAAUUGACUAUACUCUUAGCACCUUUUGCCGAAAUUACUGAAUUGUUAGGUGGUAGCAAUUACUCUACGAUUAGCUUCAUGUGGCCAGCUAUUACUAUUCUUACCAAAAGUUGUAAUCUAUCAGUAGCUAGUGCAAGUAUUGAAGAAAUUGACUUAAUAGAUGCAUCAGAUGUAUUUGAUGAUAUUGAAAAGAAUAUAGUCGACUUGGAUGAGGAAUUUGCAACAAUUACUAUUGCUAAUGGUAAUGUGAUUAAACUUAAUCAACCCCAAAAUACAGAUGGAUUG